CUUCUUUUGCUUUCUAAUCUUCUGAUUAUGUGACUUAUAAAGUUCCAUUUUGAACAUCUUUUCAGUGCAGUAAAGGAAGAAGUUGACGAUCUGCGGUCCGGAUUCCAUUUUUUCAAAUAACUGUCUGUCCUAACUUAUGGACAUGAAUGGCACCAUAACUGUCGAACCUUGGGAUCAGCCACGGAGGUGUGUGCUGUGUCAUAGAAUCCUUUCAUCUGAGAUCGAGGUUGAAGCUACAAGUAUAUGUGGGGAUUGUAAGUUUCUGUUUCUGGAAGAUAGUGACAUUCAGCAUAACACAAGACAAACAAGGUACAACAACAAUUCAGAAUCUAUUGAAAAUAUGCAAUUUCCAGAUAUGACGAAUCUGGUUACGGUCUCUGAGCAUGGGAAUCAAUCAAGACGGUGGAGGAGAGUUUUGUCUGAUACAGAAAGUGAUGGCUUUGAUUCAGAUGUUUCUGUUGAAGUUGAUAGUGAUAUGCCUGCUCAUCCUCAUUCAGAUGAUGCAAGUCUGAACCAGUCGAACUCAGACGAUGACAAUGAAUUCGAAGAAGUUGAAAACACAGUCGGAAGUUUGGUGGGCAGAGUACAGCUACGUAGAUCGUUGGCAUCCAAUGGGCGGAAUCUCCAAGUCGAUUGGCUUAAUGAGAUUCUUUCUCCUGAAGCUGAAAACUUAGAAAGAUCACGUUAUGUAGGGAAUGCUGGAGACUAUCUUGAUGCAAGAGGGUUUGAACAACUGCUGGAGCGUCUAGCGGAGACGGAUGGUUCACGGCGAGGAGCACCGCCUGCGGCUGUUUCGUUUGUGAAGAAUUUGGAGCGGGUGGUGGUGGAUGAGGAUGAGGGUUUGGUGUGUGUGAUAUGUAAGGAUAGUGUCUGUGUUGGUAGUGUAGUGAACCGGCUUCCUUGUCUUCAUGUGUACCAUCCUUCAUGCAUCAUGCCAUGGUUAAAUGCACGGAAUACAUGUCCGCUUUGUCGAUACGAGCUCCCAACAGAUGAAAGGGAGUGUGAGAGGAGGAUGAGGAGGAGAAGCAGAAGCCAGCAGGUGGAAAUGGAAGAGGAGGUGGGUGAGGAUGCAUCAUCAGGUGGCGGAGGAAGGUGGUGGGUUGUGGCGGCACCGUUAGCGACCAUGAUGGCUAUUGGUUUUGUGGUGUGGUUGGGGGGAGGAGUCAACAGAAACAGGAGAUGGUGGUGUGUCUUGUAGAUUUAUUGCAGAGGAUGGAUUGAAUUUUCUGUUCUUUUCUUUUUUUACUAGCUAGGUGGAAAGAGAAAUAGGGGUAUGUAUGUAUGUAUGUAUGUAUGCAUGUAUGUAUGUAUGUAUGUAUGAUUAUUAUUAUCAAGUCAUGUGAUGGUUUUUGUACAUGAAAUGGAUAUUUUUGGUUUUUCU